UUUUACAUGUAACGUAAGUUUUAUAUAAAAAAACGUUAUCGUUCAAGGAAUUAUAAUGCGAGUACUUCAACAACUACGUUAAUUAAUAAGAAGAAAAAGAAGAAAGAAAUAAAAAAGCAGAAGAAAUUGAAAAAAAAAUCGAAUAAUUUAAACAAAAAAUGUCAAACUACGAAAUUACCCAUAGAAAGUACUACGUCAUUUUCGAUAUGUCGGUGAGAGGAUGAUAAAUAAAUUAUCUUUAUUGCAUCCGUCUGUAUACUAUACGAAAAGGAAUAGUUUUGAAGAAUUAAUUCUCCAAGAUUCUUAUUUCUAUUCUCAUUUCCUUAAAUUUUUUCUUUUCUAGACACAAUUCGUGUCUAAUAUCUUAAUCUUUGAACUACAGAACAAAAACCUGCAACGCGAUCCCGAAACCGGUCCCGAAAAUAAUCUGCCAAUGUCCUAGAAGAAUAAAUUCCGUAAUAAUUUCCAGAGAAAGUAAAGCAAAAAAAAUAAUUAACAGAGUAACUCCAAAUUCACGAUGCAUGAGGAUUAUAGAACAACCAAUUUCUUGUAUAUGCGUUAAAAAAUCCAGUUCAGAAGACUUAAAAAAAUUGUGCAAAUGUUCGUCAACGUGCACAUUUCUUUCAAAAUAUAAUGACUGUUGCUGUAUAAGGGAAAAAAUAAAAAAGAAAAAAAAGAAAGAAAAUUCGAUAGAUUAUUGCUAUUCUAAAGAAAUGCCGUUUAAAGGAACAUUAUGCACAAAAUACCGUGAACAAAGUCCAAAGAAAAAUAUAUUUGUCAAAGGAUUCUCCAGGUUACGUAAUAAACUAAGAAAACUUGGAAAUCGUAAAAAAAGAAAAAAUGAAUAUGUUGAACACCGAUGUUGUGGAAAUUCUUUUCGAAAUCAAAAUCAAAUUAUGGAGAAAAGGAAAGUGAAAUUUUGCUAAUAAAGGUAACGAUGAAAACGGUACUUCUGAUAAAUAUUUCGUCUAUAUUUGCUUACAAAAUCAAUAUAGCUGCUCAAAGGCUCGAUGUAUAAACGAAUGGGAUUUUUUUCGUGUUGGUUAUUAUAUAGCACGAAAUCCACUCGUAUACAACGAGACUAAGAAAUAUUUUGAAUUUAUAUUGGCUUGUAUAAUUAAGUAAUAGUGAAUGUAAAUUUGUAUGAAAUAUUAAACAGCGUCCAAAUGUCGAUCAUUUCUUACAGGAUGUAUAAUAAAUUUAAAGAUUCCUUUAUGCUAAAGAAAAAUACGGAGAGAAAAGUACAUCGCCAAGCGAAGGACGCAACAUAAACGAUAAACAGUAAACAAUAUAUGUUUGAUGUUUUCAAUUACAUAUAUAUAUAUAUAUGUAUGUACAUAUAUAUAAAUCAAUGCUAUUAAACCAUGAAUAUAAAAUAGUUUAAAUAUUUAACGUAUAUCUUUAUUUUUACGAUGUUAAAUAGUCCAUAGACAUAAAGAAAUUUCAUACACAUCCGUAAGACAUUAUUUUUUACAAAUAUUCUAAAAAUUGUAAACCUGAGCUUUAAAAUUGUUUUUUCAAAUGAAUUAUAGAUUGAACUAUAUUGACAUGUUAUUUUUCGCAGAUAUGCCAUGUCAUAAUUUUGUGAAUAAAUAUGAUAAAUAGAUAUAGUUGAAAAAAUAUAAAACAAUUACUGUAAUCUCUCGUUUGUAAUUCUGUAACAAUAAUCUAAGUUUUCUAUCUCGUUU